UAGUCGACUACACGCCGCCGUAGAGUCCGGACAGGCACGUUAGUGUUGUCGUUAUAAUAUACUCGUGUGAGCUUUGGCGAAUUCUCUUCAACAUCCGAUUUUUUUUAUUUUUCUCUCAAGUAGAAAAAUCUCAGUCGUGACUUGUUGCGGAAAAUUUGUCUCUAAAAUAAAACAUCAAGUGCGUUUUGAAUUUUUAUCAUCAACUGACGGCAACUUGGACGAGAAGCAAAAAAAGUCGAAUCUCCAUCCAAACAUUUGUCUUAAGUGAACCGUCUCUGGAUCUCGUCUUGUCGUAACAAGUCUUGAAGAUCUUCCGAGACUUUCAAGUGUUAUUCGAGUCGGAAAACAUUGUCUGUGACGAGGAACUCGUUCAGCGACCAUUAGAGUCUGACAAGAGAAGAGGGACAGAGAUUUUGUAUAUUUCUGUUUUUUUCAUAAUUACACACUGCCGAGGACGAGGGGAGGAAAAGAAAUAGCCGUGGAAAAAAGGAAAAAAAUUACUUAGUGUCUUUUUGCGUGUCAGUGCGUAUCUUCGUGUUGUGUCUUUUGUGCCUUGCGAGUGGCGUACAUCGAGAGCCGGCAGUGGCUUCGAGAGUGUCCAUCUAUUUGGCCUGUGUGCUGUCUAUACGUUCGUCUAGGAUUGUCGAACCGUUUUUCCUGCCACCGUUUUCGACCCUUCCAGUCGGGGUUGAUAAUCACCCGAAAAGAAAUACAAGAAACUACUCAUCGUUGUUGUGGCCUUUGCUCGUCUCAAGACUCAAGACUUUGGCUUUAACCAAGUCAAACCCCCUCUGGACGAUAAAUAAUUAGAUUUUUGCAGAGACAAACGGAAAAAGAAGAAGAAGAAAGAAGAAGAAUGGGGGCGGAUACGUCGACUUGUUCUUCCUCCUCGAGGUGGGGGUUCCGGUGGUUCUCUGUUGGUGCCACGACGAUCCAGCUGCUUUUGUUCGUCUUCCUGAUGGGCCGGACUGAAUGCUGGAGACCGUCGGCCAGCAACCCGGCACCGGGCCCGACUUCCACCAACAUCCCCAACGCCGGAUGGAUGCACCGGAUGCGGUUGGACGCCAACUACGACGUCUACUGGUCAAUCAACGAGAGCGAGGUCACAUUCGAGGUGCAGGUGCGCACCCUCGGCUAUCUGGUCUUCGGCCUCUCGCCCAGCGGACACAUCCAGGACGCUGAUCUCAUCGUCGGCUGGGUCCACAACGGACGCCCUCGAUUCCAGGAUCGGCACGGAUUGGCCAACGGCGGGAGUUCACUGGAUCCCCAACAGGAUUACGACUUGAUCGGCGCUCACGAGAACGAAACACACACCGUCAUGCGAUUCCGGCGCAAGCUCGUUACCUGCGACGACAAGGAUCUCAACAUCACGGUGUCGACGUCUUGGAUGAUGUACGCCUAUUCGGCCAGCGAUCCUCUGUCGGACGCUGACAUUUCCUUCUCCAACAACCCACACGGCUCCAAGCCCGUCUACCUGAUGCAUCGUUCGCAAUUCGCCGACGACGAGCUACCGUCUGACGUCAAAGUCUGGGACUUGAGGAACUACCAGGUUUCAGUUCCGGAGAACGAGGACACGUUGCACUGGUGUCGCAUCUUCAAAUUACCGCCUCUCGAUCGUAAACAUCACAUGAUCCGGUACGAACCGGUGUUCACGGCCGGCAGCCAGCCUUUCGUCCAUCACAUGAACGUCUACGAAUGCGUGGGAGAUCCCAGCGUGUUUGAGGUGCUGGCCGCCACCGAGGGGUCACGAUGCUAUCAGCCGUCCAUGCCGCCAUUGUUCUUCAAUUGCAACAACGUCGUAGUCGCCUGGACAGCCGGAUCGGAGGGUUUCACAUUCCCAUCGGAGGCCGGCUAUCCAAUGAACCGGGCCGGCGGCGCUAAGUUCUUCAUGCUGGAGACCCACUACGACAACCCGAACCUGCAGAGCGGCAUCGUCGAUCACUCGGGCCUCCGACUCUUCUACACGUCCCAACUCAGACAUCACGAUGCGGGCGUGCUGAGUGUCGGCAUCGAUCCCAAUUGGAAGCACAUCGUCCCGCCUGGCCAACGCCGGGUCGUCUCCGAGGCCCACUGCGUGGCCGACUGCACUCAACAGGCCUUGCCCUCCCGCGGCAUCAACGUCUUCGCCGUCAACCAGCACACUCACCUCCUCGGUCGUCAAGUCCAAUUGCGUCACAUACGCGGCGAUAAGGAGCUCCCGGCGCUGGUUGACGACACCAAUUACGACGUGCACUACCAAGAAUAUCGACAGUUCCAGAAGCCGGUCAACGUUCUACCGGGCGACCAUUUGAUCAGUCAAUGCACGUACAAUUCCGAGUCUCGGAGUACCAUCACUUUGGGCGGAUUGUCGACGCGCGAGGAGACCUGCCUGGCCUAUCUGCUCUACUGGCCCCGUGUCGACCUCUCCCUCUGCUACAGUCUGCCCUCAUUGGCCACUAUAUUGCACUCGCUCGGCAUCCAGGAAUUGCACCCUGGAUCGGAUCCUGUGAGGAUUAAAUCGCCGCCAGAAUUGGCCGACCAGACGGUCGAAGAGCGGCUCAUCACAUUCGACUGGGACAAAAAUUUUCACACGUUUCAAGAAGCCACGAGGCGAGGAGCCUUCCGACCACUUUGCUGGGGCAAAACGCAAGCGCUGAUUGACGGAUCAACGGCGCCGGAUUAUUACGCUCCCAACAUCACCCAGCCACUGCCGGAGGCUGAUCCAUCAGUUUGCGCUCCACGGGGAACGCUUCCGCCGAGGCCGGCCAACGUGGCCAAAACGCCUCACAGGAAGAACGUCAACGGCGGCGUUUCUGGCAACGUCCAGCGGAAUCGAACGGCCACCACGACCCACGCCCCGGCGACGGUUCCAGCUCUGACGACGACGACGACGACGACGAGCCGGUCGGCAUCCAUCACAACUGGGCGGCCUUCAUUAGCGGCGGAGAGCAGCAGCGGUCAAUUGAAUCAUAACGGCCAAGUGGCCUCCGUCUGGGGUCAGGGCGUGUCGUUGAACCACGAGAAAGCGGCGGCCGCUCCGCUUCCUCCGUCGUCGGUGGUGAUCGAGACGCCGUUGAACGACGUCAUUCAUUUGCACAACCACUCAGCGGCGACCCAGGAGACGACGGCCAGCCAGGAGCUCAGCAGCCGUCGCGCUUCAGUCAUGCAGAAUUCGUCCGAGUCGACAUACCCCCGACUAGGCUCCUUCACCAUUAUCCUAAUUGCCUUGUGUUGUACAUACAACAGUGUCUGGGCCAGCAGCAGCUGCGGCCGCAGCAGUAGCAGUAGGAGGAGAAGCAGCUUAUAACUCGGCUCCUGCAGUCCUGCUCUUCGAGUUUCGACACUCGCAAUACAACAACACUGACUAGUGACUAUACUGUACAGAAGAGAUGAUGUGGCUUUUGGAGAGGGGCGGGCAGACGGAGUGAAGGGGGGAAAAGAAGAAGCUGGCCCGGUCGUCGGUCGGUUGUCAUGUCUUUGUGUUGUGUGCCGUGUGUGCUGUGUGCUGUGUGCUGUGUGCUGUGUGCUGUGUAUGUUUGCACUGGCUAUUUAUUCGUCGUUUUCGUCAAGGAAUAAGCAAAGGCAAAUGCCCAGUGAAGAGAGAAGAGAGAAGGCCGGCCACCAAUAAGUCGACUUUGAAGGGAGGGAGUGGCCCAGUUGACAAAAGAGAAGAAAAUCAUAGAGCACGCACACACACACACACGUCACAAGAGUUAUAUCUAAUCAUACACGUACAUAAAUGUAACAACAAACUUCCCUAGCUACUACCAACUACCCUCCAUCCGUUUCUCUUUCCAUACACCACCCAGUCCACCCCCCCCCAACCCCCAUCUUUUAUUCCUCACUCCUCUCUCUUGCCUUCCUUGUCGUCUCUCCGUUUUUUUUUUCUUUUUCUUUUAUUGUUGUAUAUGUCCGUGUGUAACCGGACCACGCCCACCCCCUCCAUCUCUCGUGCUGCCCCCCAUCCCGGCUCGACGUUAUUCCACAUUGAAGAAAAAAGGGAAAAAGAAAAGAGAAAGAAAUAAGUGACUAUAGUACUAUAAUAAAAGUAAAAAAAAAAUGCCAAGUGCCAUACUGUUCAUAUUUGUACAUAUACAACAAGAGAGAGCCACCCGUAACGAGAGUCACAAAAGACACGAUGCUGCUGCACCGUUGGGCUCCUUUUUUUUUAUUCUCUCAUUGUUCGAAUUGAUUCUGAUCAUUCUAAUAAUAACCGACUAGCUCUCCGCUCUUGAUUGGCGUGUUCCUUAUUUCUUUAUAGAGAUUCGACCCCUCCCACAUCCCCCCCCCCCACACACACACCCUCCGACCUCCACGACAAAAGAAGAAGAAGAAGAAAAAAUACGUUUGAAUCAUUUUGACAUGUUGACAAUUAUUGUACCGACGUCACACAAAAUAAGCAAUGUAAAUGUACGUAAAAAAAAGAAGGGAAGCAGAGAGAAAAAAUUGUUGGCACUGGAUUUUUAUAAUGAACUACAUUUUUUGUUGUUGUUGUCUGUAUUUUGUGCGUGUCAUUCGUGUCUUUAUUUGUGCAUCAUUCUGCGCCCCGUCAUCCCAAAGUCCUUUUCUUAUUUUAUUUUUGAUUAUUUCUUUCUCUCUCUCUCUCUCUCUCUUUCUAUACAUAUAUACAUAUACAUACUAUGCCAAUAGACCUGUGAAAUGAGAUAUAAAAUACAAGAUUAACUCGGA